AUGGAUAUAAGCAAUGAGGCCAGUGUUGAUCCAUUUCCUAUUGGACCUUCAACCAUUGUUGGUCGGACUAUUGCUUUCAGGGUUUUAUUUUGCAAGUCAAUGUCACAGUUGAGGCAACAAUUGUUUCAUACAUUGUUGCGUCUUAUCUAUAGAUGCAGGGACUUUUUGGCUCCCAUGUUCUCAUGGUUGCAUCCUCGAAAUCCACAAGGGAUAUUGGCAAUGGUGACAAUUAUUGCUUUUUUGUUGAAGCGAUACACAAAUGUAAAAGUCAAGGCUGAAAUGGCUUAUCGGAGGAAAUUUUGGAGAAAUAUGAUGAGAACUGCAUUGACUUAUGAGGAGUGGGCUCAUGCUGCUAGGAUGCUUGAUAAAGAGACCCCAAAGAUGAAUGAAUCAGACCUUUAUGAUGAAGAAGUAGUUAGGAAUAAGCUUCAAGAGCUCCACCACCGUCGUGAAGAGGGUUCUCUCAGAGAUAUAAUGUUCUGCAUGCGAGCAGAUCUUGUUAGAAAUCUUGGUAAUAUGUGCAACCCUGAGCUUCACAAGGAGAAACUUCAUGUUCCCAAACUCAUAAAGGAAUACAUCGAUGAGGUCUCAACUCAGUUGAGAAUGGUCUGUGAUUCAGACUCAGAAGAGCUCUCAUUGGAAGAGAAGCUUGCUUUCAUGCAUGAAACAAGACAUGCUUUUGGGAGAACUGCCCUGCUCUUGAGUGGGGGUGCUUCUCUUGGAUCUUUCCAUGUGGGUGUGGUUAAAACGCUGGUGGAACAUAAGCUUUUGCCAAGAAUAAUUGCUGGUUCUAGUGUGGGGUCCAUUAUGUGUGCUGUUGUUGCCACUAGGUCUUGGCCUGAGCUCCAAAGUUUUUUUGAGGAUUCUUGGCACUCAUUGCAGUUUUUUGAUCAGAUGGGUGGGAUUUUUACAGUUGUCAAGAGGGUCAUGACACGCGGGGCAGUUCAUGAGAUCAGGCAGUUGCAAAUGAUGUUAAGACAUUUAACGAGUAAUCUUACGUUCCAAGAAGCUUAUGACAUGACAGGUCGAAUUCUUGGGAUAACUGUUUGCUCCCCAAGGAAGCACGAGCCACCUAGAUGCCUUAACUACUUGACUUCACCUCAUGUUGUUAUAUGGAGUGCAGUGACAGCUUCUUGUGCUUUUCCAGGCCUUUUUGAGGCUCAGGAACUAAUGGCAAAAGAUAGAAGUGGAGAGAUUGUUCCUUAUCAUCCUCCAUUUAAUUUGGGUCCAGAGGAAGGGUCAAUGCCAGUGCGUAGAUGGAGAGAUGGUAGCUUGGAGAUAGAUUUACCUAUGAUGCAGCUGAAAGAACUGUUCAACGUUAAUCAUUUUAUUGUCAGUCAGGCAAAUCCUCACAUUGCACCAUUGUUAAGGCUAAAGGAAUUUGUAAGAGCUUGUGGAGGCAACUUUGCUGCCAAGCUUGCUCAUCUUGCUGAGAUGGAGGUGAAACAUAGAUGUAACCAGAUCCUGGAACUUGGUUUUCCAUUAGGUGGACUUGCGAAACUGUUUGCUCAAGAUUGGGAGGGUGACGUUACUGUUGUUAUGCCUGCCACACUUGCUCAGUACUCAAAAAUUAUACAAAAUCCAACAUAUAUUGAACUUCAAAAGGCAGCCAACCAAGGUAGAAGAUGCACUUGGGAGAAGCUCUCGGCCAUAAAAGCAAACUGUGGCAUUGAGCUUGCUCUUGAUGAGUGUGUUGUAAUUCUCAACCACAUGCGCAGACUCAAAAGGAGUGCUGAAAGAGCUGCAGCUUCUUCUCAUGGCCUAGCUACUACAGUCAAAUUCAGUGCAUCAAGAAGAAUUCCUUCUUGGAAUUGUAUUGCUCGUGAGAAUUCAAGUGGUUCCCUUGAAGACUUUGGAGAUGGUGCUUCCUCAAUCCAUCAAGGUAUUGGUGCAUCCACCAGUGCAAUUCCUUCUGUAAAAAACUUUCAAACGCACCGCAAUAUACAUGAUGGAAGUGACAGUGAAUCUGAGAGCGUUGACGUUAAUUCUUGGACAAGAUCAGGUGGACCUUUGAUGAGAACAACAUCAGCAAAUAAAUUCAUCGACUUUGUCCAAAAUUUGGACAUUGAUGCUGAACUGAACAGAAGUUUUCUGGCUAUUCCUAACUCAGCGACGGUUCAGAUGGGAGGCAAUAAUCAGUAUUAUCAAAGCCCAAGGGGUACAACACCCGACAGAAGUCCCGAAAGCACUAAAUUCGAUAAGAGGGAUUUUGGAAAUAUGGUUUCAGUAAAUGGUUCGAGCAUUAUGGUGACUGAAGGUGAUCUUUUGCAGCCUGAAAGGAUACAUAAUGGGAUUGUAUUCAAUAUUGUGAAGAAAGAAGACUUAACAUUGUCAAGUAGGAGUAGUCAUGACAUGGAAAAUUACGGCAGUGAAGUUGCUGAAUGCGUACAACUUGAUUGUCCGGAAAAGGACAUGGAUGCUAGAUCUGCAUCUGAAUGCGGUGAUGCUGAUAUCACUUCAGACAUCUGCUUAGAAGAAACGGCACCCAAUUGCCAGUCGACGGAUCAACCUAAUGUAGAUGAUUGUAAUCAUCAGAGCAUUGUGGAUGGUUGA